UAAAACACUCGCAUGUCAAGUUCACCUUGGCAGGGCGGGAGAUCACUGUCAACCAGCAGAUACGCAGGGUCGCGGACAGGAUUUUGUCGGUGAAGGACUUGGUCACGACAGCCGUGAGCGCCGAGCCGCAUGCGGCUUUGGCCUGGGCCGGGGCUUUGGUCUUCUUGAACCCUUUGGCGAAUGCUUUCACACAAGAUGCACGAGGCAUGGACGGAUUCGAGGAGAUCGAGAUCCAAAAAAUCGAAUGACGGCCGGGAGCUGGAAACGCUGGCACUUUCAGUCAGGGAACAGAUCGUGAAGAUGUACAAGGCUAUUAUUCAGUAUCAGAUUAGUCUUGCACGGCACUAUGAACAUCCUGGACUUCUGCGGUUUCUGGAAGAUUUUGCAACCCCUCGGGGCUGGGCGGGGAUGCUUCAAGAAAUCAAGGACAUCGAGAAGUCUGUCACUCAGCAUCUCAGUAUUAUGAACACGUCAACACUGGUGCAGAUUGACAAAACCCUGGAGAGGCUCCAAGCCAAAGUUGAGGACUCAUACGAGGUGAUGAACGAGGUUCGGGGUAAUACACAGACUCACAAAUACCGACAAUUCGCCCAGAUCCUCGCGCCCAAAAUUGCUCCGCAGGCCAGAUUUGAAUGCUUUGAGAGUCAGUACAAGACAGCAUGCUUCGAGGGCACUCAUGUCGAUGUGCUCGGACAAAUCUAUGCCUGGGUUGUAUCGCCUGGGCCCGAACACAUAUAUUGGCUUCGAGGAAUAGCCGGGACUGGCAAAUCUACCAUCUCACGAACCAUCGCGACUCAGUGCCUCAAUUGUCUUGGAGGAACCUUCUUCUUCGACCAGAAUCAAGGUGAGCUAAGCACUGCCCCAUAUUUGUUCCCCACGCUCCUACGCUUUGCACGGCGAUUGCGGAUUGUCUACCGGAUAUCAGAUCGGAAACCUGCGAAGUCAAUAAAGACCAUCGAACAUCUUGUACGAGUCGCUCAGCAAGCAGCGGAAGCACUUGAUUCUCGAGCCUUUCUUGAGACUGGAGGAGCAAAACCGACAUCCAGCAUUGACUCUGGUUGUGGUCAUAGAUGGGCUUGAUGAGGACAGAUCUGAUCGCAAUGGAGAUAACAUUGGCACCAUCUUGACCCUCAUCGCCGAGGUCUCCCAAGGGAGUCCAUACGGCUGAGAUUCCAUCUGACUAG